GGGGCCAGUCGUUCUUCAGCAGGAAGGAUUCCAUCCGCACCAUCUAUACGUCCCUGCAUAACGAGCUGAAGAAGGUGGUGACAGGCCGAGGAGCCCUGGGUGGGACCGCUCCUCACGUGGAAGAGCUCCUGUCCCACCUGUCGGAGCAGCUCUGCUUCUUCGUUCAGGCUCGCGUGGAGAUCGCAGACUUCUAUGAGAAGAUGUACACCCUCAGUACGCAGAAGUUCAUCAAUGCUGAGGAGCUCGUGGGCCUCUUGGACACCAUCCUCAAGAAGUACAGCUCCAGAUUUCACCACCCGAUCCUCAGCCCUCUGGAGAGCAGCUUCCAGCUGGAGGUCGAUGUCCUGAGCCAUCUCCUGAAGGCCCAGGCGCAGGUCUCAGAGUGGAAGUUCCUCCCUUCCCUGGUUAACUUGCACAGUGCGCACACCAAGCUGCAGACCUGGGGCCAAAUCUUCGAAAAGCAGCGAGAGACCAAGAAGCACCUGUUUGGAGGGCAGUCGCAGAAGGCCGUUCAGCCCCCACACCUGUUCCUUUGGCUGGUGAAACUCAAAAACAUGCUCCUGGCCAAGUUUAGCUUUUACUUUCACGAGGCAUUGAGCCGACAGACUACCGCUUCAGAAAUGAAAGCGUUGACUGCAAAGGCUAACCCAGACCUUUUUGGAAAGAUUUCCAGCUUCAUCAGGAAAUACGAUGCUGCCAAUGUGUCCUUAAUUUUUGACAACCGAGGUUCAGAGAGCUUUCAAGGUCAUGGCUAUCAUCACCCCCAUUCCUACAGAGAGGCCCCUAAGGGCGUGGACCAGUACCCCGCCGUGGUGUCUCUGCCCAGUGACAGGCCUGUCAUGCACUGGCCCAACGUCAUCAUGAUCAUGACGGACCGCACGUCCGACCUGAACAGCCUGGAGAAAGUGGUCCACUUCUAUGAUGACAAAGUUCAGAGCACCUACUUCCUGACCCGCCCAGAGCCUCACUUCACCAUCGUGCUCAUUUUUGAGUCAAAGAAAUCAGAGAGAGACUCCCACUUUAUUUCCUUCCUCAAUGAGCUCUCACUUGCUCUAAAGAACCCCAAAGUCUUUGCAAGUCUAAAACCUGGAUCCAAAGGUUAGCGGAUGACUUGUGUGAAAGAUUCUGGAGACUAGAAGUUGUGUUUAAUUGCCAUGACGAUCUACAGUGGUCCAUGACUAGAAUUUACAUCCAUUCAUGCUUCUUUCAGAGCUAAAUUAAAAGUAAACCCGCCCUAACUGUGUUGCACACUUUAUAAGUAAUUAAGGCCAAUUGCAUUAAAUAUCCAAAGAGUAAUCCAGGAAGUGAUCGUGAGUUGCUGUGUAUGCAUGGUAGAGCAGCGUAGUUCUGGCGUUUUCUCCCAUUUUCCUGUGUUUCAUGUAGACUGUUGAGUAGUCUUUGCUUUCUAUUUCUAGGUGUUUUUUUAUUAUUCUAAAUACUGUGUUUUAAUGCAUUUCCAAACAUCCCUGUCUUCCCUAUUUUCCAGCACGAGUAAUUGGGGUAAGGUAUUAAGUGGGUAUGCCUUCUGUCUCAUAAAUUGUCCAAUUAACGUGGAGCUUCUUAAUUCUGGUAUACAAAUUAGUAUUUUAAUGUCACAGGAUCUUGGUAAGAAAUCCCCGUUAGUUACUGAAGUUAAGGAUGGGUGAUUGGUACCAUAACAGCGAGUUUUAACAGCUGGAAUUACUUCUUGGCAGCCUUAGUAGUCGUAGGUUCUUUCAGAAUGAAAGCACUAAUACAUGUGUCUUUACUAUUACACGGUCUGAGGUUUGAGCUUUUCACUGUCUGCAUAAGCCAUCACAAGGAUUUUUUGGUGUGUUAUCUCCCUUGCUUUUUGUUUAUCAUUUCCCUGCUGAACUGUAUGUUCAUGUUUGGCUCUACCGGUUUUUCUUAGGCUUAGAAAGCGUAUAGUCUUGGUUUUUCAGCCACUUGUAGUUUGUCACACAACAGAGCCUACUUUUAUAAAAUCAGAGUGGAAGGCCUUUUGAUACCUAGCACUUGCUGAAAAUCAGUUGUGCUUUCAAAACUCCUCUUUGUGGUUGAGCAAUCAGCUCAGUACCUAUGCACUUUUGAACCUGGCUUUCACGUUUGCCUCCCACAGAUUAUGCUUCUGAGCAGUGCUGCACCUUAGCCUGCCUUACAUUUUGCUCUAGUAGAUGUUCUUGGGGAAGUGGACAGAUCCGUGAAGGGGUAACAGGCUGUGGGGACCUUCACUUCUGUUACUGGUUCAGAGUAACAGCAGCCCCAAAUAACUGAGUUGCUGCCUGGUAGUUCCUUCAAAGCUGGUGUGAAAUGCAAACGUCAGGUCAGCCCUGUCUUUCAGGAUCCGGUGGAGCCGUUGCUCGGGCGUCCACAGCAGGCGUGGUGGGAUACCCAGCGUGGGAGUCUGCCCGCCCCGCCUGGGCUGCCUGGUAGGCAACCCCGUGGCGUCUUCUCUGGAGAGAACAGGUGUUUUUCUUUUCUUUAUUUCUCUUUCUCUCUUUUCCGUCAUAUUGUUUGUAAGAAAGCCAGCUUACUUUAAGUAGUAGUGUUUACCUCUGCAUUGUAUUCACUGGUUUUAUAAAAUAUGAAUAGAUUUUACAUUAAUAUAACAGUUGAAAAUAGGUGGAACUAAAGAGUCAGACAGUGUUUCCUCCUUUUUGUGUUUUGCCAAGAAACUGAAAAAUAUUCCUUGGUGUGCAUGUGUCUUUCUUUCCUAGGUGAAACCACCAUUAGCCUUAAUGACAAGGACCCCAAGUACCUAAAAGAAUAUAUGCUUCAUAUCUUCACAGAGAGCGUGAAUAAAACCUGUAUACAAUGCUUAAGUAGUCAAAUAUAUACAUAUUUGAAUUGUAUAUUUAUUUUAAAUGUAUUUUUAAACAUAAACACAAGAGUUUUUCAACAGACGGAAGGUAGAGGUAACUUAAAAUCUAAGAGCAUAAAUUCACAAGUCCCUGCAGCGGUCAUAGACUGUAGGUUAAAUAUUGAUACUUUAAUCACUUCUUAAGCUCUUCAAUAAAGUUUUCUAAUUAUAUGAGAAAGACAUAUUUUGGUUCAAAACACAAAGCCAUUUUUACUCUUAAGAUGUCUAAGGAAAGUAACGAGACGAUGUGUGAUGCCUGCUUUUAACUAAUUUGAAGAGUAAAUCUGUACAUUUUCUACCGACUGCCUGCUUUGAAAUUUGUUUGUGAACUACAGCCUGGUAAAUGUGUGUGCUUAGCUGGGAGUAGCAGGCCGCGCUGAGCUCGCUGGAGCCCUUCAAGGAGUGUUUGACUUCAGGGUGUUGGACACAGGAUGAACGCUUGCAACUUGGGUUUGUCUUUGUGGGGCCUGAUGUCUGCAAUGUUUCUCUGGGGGGAGUGUGUGCAAAUAAAGCCUCCUCUUCACUGCGGAGUCAGUGUCUGUAUAGUCAGUA